GAUUGGUCGUUGCCCGCUCUACACGUGACUGUCUCCAAAUAUUCGACAAGGUGCUAAAUUUAAGGUUACCAAAGUAUACUUCUAUUUCAGUGCUCACACUGUGAUAUGUAAUUGUUGACAAUUGUGUGAAUGUUGGAAGAAAGAGUGAAAUUUUCUCGUCAGUACCAGUGAACGAACUUGUUAUUCGAAAUGGUAUUUUUUACGUGUACCCACUGUGGUGAGGCAUUGAAAAAGCCUCGGGUCGAAAAACAUUUUCAAUUCCAAUGCCGAAAUUCAAUUUCAGUAAGCUGCAUGGAUUGUUUUAAAGAUUUUCGGGGACAAGAGUAUGUUGCGCACACUAAGUGCAUUACGGAAGCAGAACGAUAUGGAGGAAAGGACUUUGUAGCGCGACCUAGUAAAAACAAAGGAGAGCGAAAGCAGCAAGACUGGAUAGCGGUUGUACAAUCAGUGAUAGAAACAUCGGCUAAUCUUUCCGGUGCUGAAAGAAACAUUUUAAAUAUCUUAUCCAAUCAUGAAAAUGUACCGAGAAAAAAGACAAAAUUUUUCAAUUUCAUGAACAAUGUCAUGUCUGGUAAGGCCAAUGUAAUGUUGGUCGAAAGUGUUUGGGCAAAAAUAGAAGAGGCUUUUAAAAAAGCUUCAGAGAAUAAGAAUGCUGGAGAGAAUACCAAUUUGCAAUUAAAUGCACCUAAAGAUCACAUAAAACCUGUGAGUGAAUCUGACAUAUUAGAGAAUGAAAACAAUGAAAAUUUAUCUAAGGAGUAUGCAAAUGCACUAACAGAUGUCAAAGAAAGUAAUAACUCUAAGAAUGUUGAGGGCUGCGAAAGGAUUUCCGAGUUAACUAAUGAAACAACCAAACGUAAGUCAAAGAAGUCGAAAAAACGGAAAAUAGUUGAAGAUCCUGAACCAAAUGAUGAAUCAAGUUUGAAUAGUAACAAGAUAACUGAUGAGAAGUCUGAAGAUAAAUCAGCUUGUUUAGUGGAAAUCCAACAAAAUAGUGUAAAAACAAAGAUAUCUAAGAAACGCAAGUUGGACAAUGAAGCAGAUGGUCUGAACGGCACAGCGGCAAAUGAGGCUCAGAAUAAUUGCGACCAUGUAAUCAGUAUGGAUGAACCAAUGAGAAAAAAAUUUGAUUGGAAUGACGCAAUCUUGAAUAUUGUCAAAGCCAAAGAGGAGGUUUCUUUGAAGAAACUAAAAAAAAAGGUGUUAGCUGGGUACUUAACCUUUGGUGGUAAAACUACUUCGGAUGAAAAAGCUGUUAUUAAAUUCGAUAAAAUGAUUAAAAAAAUACCCCAGAUUGUUAUUACGGAUGGAAAAGUGAAGUUAGUUACGUGAAAUGCAGCAGGCAAUUAUUGUAAAGCACAUACAAAACAAAUACACGUGAACUUGGAAAAUUA